AUGAUGAGUCUCACUGACCCUAGGUCUUGUUUGCAGGGCGUAGCAGUGUCACCGUGUGCCUGGGGCAAGCAUGUAGUGUUCGCCGGCUCGGAGACUAUAACAAUGGCCGAAAUGCUGGGAGCGGAGACCAUCGACUGCUUCGAAUACGACAUCAAGGUGCCGGAGAUCGUGACCACGGACGAGAUGGCCGAGUCCGGGUACCAGGAGGGCUCCGAGACGAGCUUCGGGGACGCGAAGGAGGGGUUCGGCGGGGAGGGGUUCGGCGGGGAGGGGGACUCGGACAGCGGCGUGGACGGCGUCAGCAGCGGCUGCAGCACGGUCGACGACUGCCCCGUGGUGUCGAUAAACGACGUGGUGGCGUACUACGACGUGAGGCCGCGGCGGCGCCACGUGCCCCAGCUCAACUUCUACCACGUGGACAUCGAGAGGAUGGCGAUGGACGCUGUUGUUCAGUUACCGCCACAAGGGGCAUCUGGGCAACGGGUAGCAUUAGAUAACGUCUUGAAACAAAGCGACUCAGGCAUCAGCGACGCUCAAAGAGAAAGGCGCGCCGCGUUUUGCAACCUACCCUGCGCUUGCGUCACUUUUGCUCUAAUAACUUUCGCAUACGGAUCCGAACCGCGCAGGGCUGUAUCUCGCAUCGAUUGUGCUGUUACGCCG